AUGAUGGACACAGCUACCAACAGCACCAAUGAAGCUAUUGCAAUAGACACAUCUUUCAACACAGGCUUUCUAAAGACUUCAUCCAAGAACUACCUACCUACUGGAACACCCACCAACGCCAAUGCUUUUUCGAGACCUCGUGUGAUUCAAUGGGACCCUCACAUGGGCACAGAUCAAUCCACCAUUACUGUUGUACUCGAACAAGCAAUCUCUGAUGCCUCCGCCUCCUCCACACCGACCUUGAACGACGAAAUUCAUCCCAUGAAAUUGGUAUUUGGCAGACUGGUGGUCGAGACAAACCAGCAACAGCAACGCGCUCCUACUGCAUCUCCUAAUAGCACGCUCAAUAGUCAAUUGGUCUGGAUUACAUUGGUGGCUCGUGUACCCAGAUUCGAGGAAACUCAAAUAGGACAUGGCAACCAAGUUCCCUUAUCCAUUUGCGUGUAUGACAGUAGACACAGUGACACAGCUACCGAUCAUUGGGAUUUUGGCGUAUUUACCUACAACAGUAAAUCAGGAGCUGCAGCAAGGAGGGAAGAGGGUUCAUCAUCAUCAGCAGCAGCAGCAGCAGCAGGAGAAGACUCCAUAGAUACGCUACAAGGAAAGAAAAGAGGGGCUCCUCCCAAUGACCAAGACUUUGGUAGUAACAAGAGACCCCACACUACAAGCCUCCAACAAGAAGACGACGACCAGCUCUUUAAUCAACUACUAGCUCCAUUCGAUGAUUCACCAGGCAAAACAACGUCCGAUACGAGUACCAUGCCAUCACUGCAACACCCACAGCACCAGCACGGACGUCCAUCUCAAGCCAUUGCUCCUCACCCAUCUCCUUUAAACUAUUCUCCUUCAGACACAGCAGGCAAUGCAUUCACCCAACCUAACCCUUAUUCCAAUUCUGCUGGCAACACUAGCGUAAAUGAUUAUCCCCAUCCUGUCAAUAUACAGCCUUCUCCUAUGCAUCAGUUGGGUUACAAUGCUUAUCAAAGUAGCACUUUUACCAAUUACCCCUCUCAACAACAACAACCACCACCACAAGGAAACAAUACUUCCUCCGCCGCUGCCGCCGCCGCCGCCGCCUCCUCCUCCGCGUCUUCCUCCUUGGUUUCAGCCUCUGCCAUGUACCCCAACUAUCCACAACAGACCAUGUUCAGCUCUCAACCAGUACAGGCGUCGCAGCAGCCAUCACACAGUAUGAUGAUGUCCUCCAUAUCAAGUAAACCAACAGAUGCAUCUGAAUUAGGAGGAGGCGGUAUGACAACGCCCAUGACAGCAGCAGCAGCAGGAGCAGUAACGGAGUAUCCAUUUGCAGGUGUCCUGAGUAAGGCCAAUCUCAAGAUUAUGGGAGACAUGAUGGAAAUGACAUGGCAUUGGUCACAAGAAGAAUGGACCAACGGACGUCGCUUGGUGCAGUUUUGGAGAAGGCAACGCGCAGCAGGAGAGACCAGCCAGCAAAAAGAUAAUCAAGUAGAAUGUGGGUUUGAGGCUAUUGAACAAGAGGCCUAUCAGCAGCAACGUAUACGUGAAAACUUGGCUGCUCAAAAAGACGGCACACAAAAGAAAUCAUCGCCCUUGGUUAUUUCCUGCAUCUACUGGCGAGAACGCAACGACUACUACAUUACCUCUGUAGAUUGCAUCUAUCUGUUGGAGGGCCUGAUUGGCGUUCAGUUUACAGUAGAGGAAAAGAAUCGUAUAAGACGUAAUUUGGAAGGGUUCAGGCCGUUGACUGUCAGCAAAUGUAAACCAGAGUGUGCGGAUUUCUUCAAGUUGAUCAUGAGUUUUCCUCACCCUAAACCGCGCAACAUCGAGAAGGAUGUCAAGGUGUUUUCUUGGAAAUCGUUGCCUAGUGCAUUGACUAAAAUCAUCAGAAAAUAUACGCCCAGUUACAGCAGUACAGUGGUUGCGAAUGUGAAUCAAUAA